CUCUGUCUCUCUGUCUCUCUGUUUCUGUCUCUGUCUCUGUCUCUGUCUCUGUCUCUGUCUCCCUCUAUCUCUGUUUGGAAUUUUCUUGUUUCUUCCAUUGCAGGCCUUCAUUCUUCAUGGUCAUAAAAGCCCGCUUAUAAACUAAGAAUUCAACUCAUUUUUCAGUUCAACAUUUAAUUUUCAUUAUCUCUGUUCAAAAGUGCCCCCACCUUGUUUUCUUCUUUCUGAGAAAAAAAAAAAGAAAAAAGAAAAAUUACCCUUUUUUCUUCUCUCUUUUUUGUGUGUUUCCGACAAUGUCUGCUUCUGAAUCUGUACUUUCUGACGAACAAAACAUUCCGACACUUAAAACUCCUUUGAUCUCAGAAUCCCCAACGGAAGAAACAGAGACAGAACUUCCAUAUCGUCCUCAUGUUCUUACAGAGUCCAAAUGUAUAGCCAGCGUCGCAUUUCCGAUGAUUCUUGUCGGCUUUUUAAUGUACUUUCGUUCGGUGAUUUCCAUGAUGUUUCUUGGCCGGUUGGGUGGUUUAUCCUUAGCUGGUGGUUCACUUGCUAUUGGCUUUGCUAAUAUCACUGGUUACUCUGUUCUUUCUGGUCUUGCUACUGGUAUGGAACCCAUUUGUGGCCAAGCUUUUGGAGCUAAAAAAUUCAAACUUUUAGGCCUUGCUCUUCAAAGAACUAUCAUUCUUCUCCUGAUUUCUUCAUUACCCAUUUCGUUUCUAUGGUUCAAUAUGAAGAAAAUCCUUCUCUUUUUUGGCCAAAAUGAAGAUAUUGCUAAUGAAGCUCAUUCCUAUAUCCUCUGUUCUCUCCCCGACUUAAUUGCUCUGUCCUUUUUUCACCCUUUACGAAUUUACCUUCGUAGUCAAUCCAUUAAUCUCCCUAUCACAUGUUGUGCUAUAUUAGCCAUUCUAUUUCACAUCCCAAUUAAUUACCUUUUCGUUUCUGUUCUCGAAUGGGGAACUCGCGGCGUCGCUUUAGGAGCCGUUUGGACUAAUUUCAACCUCGUCGGAUUAUUGGUUAUCUUCAUCUUAGUCUCCGGCGUCUACAAGAAAACCUGGCCGGGAAUGUCGUCGGAUUGGUUGAAAGAAUGGAAAUUGCUACUUGAAUUAGCGAUUCCAAGCUGUAUUUCUGUUUGUUUAGAAUGGUGGUGGUAUGAAAUCAUGACUUUAUUAAGUGGGUUCAUGUUGAAUCCUCAAUCCACAAUCGCUUCAAUGGGGAUUUUGAUUCAAACCACUGCUUUAAUCUACAUUUUCCCAUCAUCCUUGAGCCUUGGAGUAUCAACAAGAGUAGGAAAUGAAUUGGGAGCAAAUCAUCCAAACGGAGCAAAAUUAGCCGCCAUUGUUGGGCUCUGUACAAGCUUCUUCUUCGGAAUUUCAGCGUUGGUUUUCGCUUUCAGUAUCCGGAAAGUAUGGGCAACAAUGUUCACAAAAGACAUAGAAAUCAUCGAAUUAACAUCUACAAUUCUCCCAAUCAUCGGACUCUGUGAACUGGGAAACUGUCCACAGACGACAAGCUGUGGAGUAUUAAGAGGAACAGCCAGGCCAAAAUUGGGGGCGAAUAUAAAUUUGGGAUGUUUUUAUAUGGUGGGAAUGCCGGUGGCAAUAUGGCUGAGCUUUUACGCCGGAUGGGAUUUCAAAGGGCUGUGGAUUGGACUGUUGGCGGCGCAGGGGUCAUGUGCAAUAACGAUGCUGAUGGUUCUGGUACGAACCAAUUGGGAAGAACAAGCUGAGAGAGCUAAGGAAUUGACUAGAAAUGGCGUGGUGGAGAUUGAAAAUGACGAUGAAGAAGAAAAUGGGGAAUUGCAGGAAGAAGAAGAAGAAGAUGAUGAUGAUGAUGAUGAAAUAAAAGAGUGUUUUAAUUCAAGGAAUGGAAGAGAUUUGAUAGUGUGAAGUGAAGAAGGAUAGAUUUAGGAGUUUCGCCACAGCUAGGGAUGUUUUUUCCCUUUUCUUUUGUUCUUUUUUUAGUGAAGAAAAUGUUUUUUAUUUCCUUGUUUUUGUAUAGGGAUUAGAGGAGGGUUUUAUUAUCAAAAUGAGGACCAAUUUUAUUGAUGAUGUUAUUAUCUAUAGCAUAGUGAAUGUAAAUUGAGUUUCUCUCUCGUCUUUUAGUACAUGUUGUUCAUUUGGGAAAAUAAGGUGGCAUCAUUGUCGAGAAUGAAAGGUCUAUCCCCAAGAAA